AUGUAUGGAGAUUUGGGCAACAAGCUGGUCCAACACGCCAAAAGAACUCAAAAUCUGACCCAUCUGCCACCUUACCAGACCGAAAUUGUCCGAGCGGUGACACGAGAAGUGAGAGACCUGGACAAAGAUGUAGCAGAACUUCUUGAGCCGUUUCAAGGCUCAUUCGACCCAAGCGCCGACCAAGAUAUUGCUUGCACUCUGCUAGUAAAUCACCUUUCGAUGCGAAGGAACAAGCGUUGCUUGCUCGCGUACCACCGGACACGGACAGAUAAGCUUGAAGAAUUGGUAUGGAAUGGAUCAGACGUGGUAGAUCUGUCUGGGCAACAAGUACGGGAUCCUGCGAGUGCUUCCGGUACGGGCGGUAGUGAUGCAUCAAAGAGUAGUCUCAGCCCUCAAGAAGAGGAGUAUGUCAGACAGUACAGCGACCUGUUGGCAGCCUACAAGGGGCAAUGGACAGACAUCGACCUGACGGGGAGCCUAGAGCCGCCACGAGACUUGUUCAUCGACGUGCGAGUGCUCAAGGAUGCAGGUGAAAUCCAAACAGAGUACGGAACAGUCAGUUUUAUGUACGCCAAGGGGACGUCGAGAGACUCAUUGCACAGGGAUAUUUGCAUAAGCUUGGAUGAGAGAAAGCGGGGUCUGAACAAGUGA